UUACUGUUCUCGGACUCCCGGGAGGCAGGGCUCAAUAAGACGUAAACUUUGGUGGCUCUUACAACCCCCAACAACUUGUGUCCUUGAUAGUGUCUGCUCGUCUUCGUCCUGCAUUACUCGCAAUUUCAUCCUGACAUUUCAUGGGACAUUUGUCCUCCUCAGACUGCAUUAUGUAACACAACCAUUUUUUUUUUAUAAACUACUGAUUUUGUAUGGGCUUUUGGAGAAAGGUAGCCACUGGCCCCGUGUAGGUGUCUUACUCCAUCUUAGACUGGGGUUUACUAACCAAUCCAAGCACCAACACCACCUUCAAAAACAUUGCAGGAAUUAUAAAGAAACCAAAAUUUGUGCAGUCAUACAAAAAGGAAAGUACUAUAUGUACUGUAUACUGCCAACAUGCUUAGUCACUGUGUCAACAUAGGAUUAAAGCAAAUUUUAACGUACUCUGAGUUGCAAUUACGAAAUGUGCUGGGAACUCUCCAAGCUGUAAAGGGAAGGUCGCCUCUAGAGAGACAAGUUGGUCUUCAUACCUUGCCUCACUGCCUUCCUUAUUCCUUAACUCGCUCUCACAGAAUUUUAAUUUGUACUUGUGGCUGCACUGGCACUAUUCAGUAUCAUCUUCCUAACCCCAUAGCCAUUUUAAGUACAUCCAGUGUAGCCUUAAAAACGUAUAAUAAUGACUUGAACAAAACGGAUAAAGCAGAGAGUACCAGUGAUAAAAACAAGACCAAGAAAGAUUCACCAAUGAUUAUUCUUAUUGAUACAGAAGAUAAGGUUUCAGUUAUUAGCCUCUCACAGGCAGAAAAAAUAGCAAGACGAAGAGAUUUGAAAGUGGUCAAGAUUGAAGAUUCAUCACUUAAAACAAGUGACAAACAGGUGUAUAAAUUAAUGACAGGCAAACAGUAUUUUGAUGAGGAAGUAAAGGCCAAGAAAAAUUUUAAAUCAUCACCUUUUUUGAAGGGAGAAAAAGUAUUGACCAUAAGUAGCAAGAUUGCUGCACACGACCUGAAAUCAAAACAGAAGAAAAUCAAGAUGUGGUUAGAGAAAGGUUAUCAGAUCAGAGUUACAAUAACGUCUAGAGGAACAGAAAAUAAAGAUGCGGAAAACAUUUUUGCAGCGAUAGAGGAAGAGAUAAACAACAAAGGCCGUAUCUUACAACAACGAGUAAAAGCAGGAAACUUCAAAUUUAGCAUUGUCCCUCCAAAGGUAGAACAAACAGCUGAUAAAGAAGCUAAAAUACACGAUGAGGAGAAUCAUGCUGCUUCUGGAGCUCUCGAUAACAGUCAAGUGGUAGACUCAAAUCAAGAAUCUUCAGAGUUGACUAAGAGCUAAGGUUUAAAUGUAUAUAAUGAUGACAACAAUAAGUGUUGUUAUAAUACUUGUAAAGCAAAAGAGACCUGAGUUACUGACCUGCAUUUACUAACAAGUUUCACAAGACAUAAUACUGAAAAAAUAGUGUUAUGAAUUUUGAUGUAUUGUCAAACGUGUGACACAUGACCAUCCUUUAUAUGUACUAUCGUUUUCCACUGAUUAAUAAGUUUAGGGUUACAGACAACUUUUAUGCAAGUUAAAACACCAGGAAUGCAAGCCAUUUGGGACUGAGAAAGAAUCUAAAUUGUUUAAGUGUAUGUUUAAAUUAAAAUCAUAUUUUAAAGUUGCUGGCAGAAUAUUUGGUACCUUGUGAACUGAUAGAAGGUUUCUACUUUGUAUAUAUCUCAGAUGUAGUAUAAUAGUUCUAAUAGGGCUUUUAAUAAUUCACUCAAUAAAAUUGUGCUAAAAGUAAGUCUUUGAAUGUAGAUAAGUCAGAAGUAAAUUUUCUUUUCUAUUUUCAGAUUUCAUACAGUACAGUGACUUGUCACUGUACAAGUCACCAAUAUGGCUUGCAACAUCCUUCUGAGGGUGAUAUUUCUCCAUAAAUCUUUCCAUCCUACCCCACAUUUCAAAAAUCUCCUUAAUUUCUGAAAAAGGCACCUUCUUCCAUCUUUCUUUCUCCUCCUUCCCCCUCCUCGUUUAUCCACACCAAUAAUAACUUCUCAACCUCUUUGAGUACUGGUGAUCUCAUUUUUGUCAGCAUAUUUACCCCCUUUGCAACACCAGCUUCCUUGAUUUCCUUUUUCUUAGCCAUGAUGGAAGGUAUGGUUGUACGGGAUUUGUUAUACAUCCUGGCCAGUUCGGCCACACGUAUGCCACUUUCAUAUUGUUCAAUGAUGCUUUUCUUAAAUUCAAUCGUAUUUCUCACCUUCUUUACCAAAGGCUUGGCACUAGGAGCUUUUUUUGGAGCCAUGGUAGCUUAUUUAGCACUUGCAAGCACAAAAAUGAAUGGAAUAUUAUGAAAUACACCUACCAUCCGACUUAUGACCAAGCUUGGUUCUGACCAACCGGUCGUAAGUCGAAAUGGACGUAAGUCGAACCUUUGAAAAUUGCCGACAUAUUGGGUAGGGCAUGAUGUCAAAACUUUCCUAUAUAAACUAUCUACAUAAUACUGUAAUGUAAUGAACAAUCAUUAUUUCAUUCUUUUUACCAUAAUUUACUUCUAUAGUUGUUUUUAUUUUUUUUUUAUUAUCACACUGGCCGAUUCCCACCAAGGCAGGGUGGCCCGAAAAAGAAAAACUUUCACCAUCAUUCACUCCAUCACUGUCUUGCCAGAAGGGUGCUUUACACUACAGUUUUUAAACUGCAACAUUUAUACCCCUCCUUCAGAGUGCAGGCACUGUACUUCCCAUCUCCAGGACUCAAGUCCGGCCUGCCAGUUUCCCUGAACCCCUUCAUAAAUGUUACUUUGCUCACACUCCAAAAGCACGUCAAGUAUUAAAAACCAUUUGUCUCCAUUCACUACUAUCAAACAUGCUCACGCAUGCCUGCUGGAAGUCCAAGCCCCUCGCACACAAAACCUCCUUUACCCCCUCCCUCCAACCUUUCCUAGGCUGACCCCUACCCCGCCUUCCUUCCACUACGGACUGAUACACUCUUGAAGUCACUCUGUUUUGCUCCAUUCUCUCUACAUGUCCGAACCACCUCAACAACCCUUCCUCAGCCCUCUGGACAACAGUUUUGGUAAUCCCGCACCUCCUCCUAACUUCCAAACUACGAUUUCUCUUGCAUUAUAUUCACACCACACAUUGCCCUCAGACAUGACAUCUCCACUGCCUCCAGCCUUCUCCUCUCUGCAACAUUCAUCACCCAUGCUUCACACCCAUAUAAGAGCAUUGGUAAAACUAUACUCUCAUACAUUCCCCUCUUUGCCUCCAAGGACAAAGUUCUUUGUCUCCACAGACUCCUAAGUGCACCACUUGCCCUUUUCCCCUCAUCAAUUCUAUGAUUCACCUCAUCUUUCAUAGACCCAUCCACUGACACGUCCACUCCCAAAUAUCUGAAUACAUUCACCUCCUCCAUACUCUCUCCCUCCAAUCUGAUACCCAAUCUUUCAUCACCUAAUCUUUUUGUUAUCCUCAUAACCUUACUCUUUCCUGUAUUCACUUUUAAUUUUCUUCUUUUGCACACCCUACCAAAUUCAUCCACCAAUCUCUGCAACUUCUCUUCAGAAUCUCCCAAGAGCACAGUGUCAUCAGCAAAGAGCAACUGUGACAACUCCCACUUUAUGUGUGAUUCUUUAUCUUGUUGUAUUUUAAUUAUUUAUGUACUGUGUAUAAUGUAUACAUGGUAGUGAUAUGUAUUGUAAAUUUUACAUCGCAUACAGUAUCAUAUGUUACUGUUAUCUUUAUGUAUUGUCGACACAGUGGAAUGGGAGAAUACCACUGGUAGUGUCAUCCUGCCAGAAUGUUGUAUAACCUAUACCCUAAGUAAAGAGAAACAACUCUGGAGCAUGUGUAAUACGUAUCUGGCUGGCUGGCUGGGUGGCCAGGUCUGUGGUUGGCCGGGUGGGUGGGUGCUUAGUUGGCUGACUGGCUGACCGAAUGUGGCUGUCUCUUUGUAUCUCUCUCUCACUGGUACACGUAAGUCAAGUUAUCAUACACAUUAUAAAUUACCUAGGAUAACCCAAAAAAUCCAGACAAAGUGCUAUACAGUGGAUCUCUGCUCCAGUGCCCUAAAUUAAUAAUAAUAUUAAUAAUCAUUAUUAUUACAAUAAUACAUAUGUACUAAUAUUAAUAUUAUUAUUAUUAAGCUAUAAUAUAAUAAUCGUGUCCACUCAUUACUUACCUUAAAAUAUCUGUAGUUUUAAUGUAGAGUGAGAGGUGAGUAGACAAGAUUAAAUGAAUAAAUGAGAGAGAGAAUGUAGAAUGUUCACGAGUUAUAUAAACAAACGUUGUUGUUGUUGUUGUUGUUACCAGUCCGGACACGGACGGUUCCUGUUCACUGUCAAGCCGACCAGAAAAACAUCUCAUAUUUGUUAAUUUAUAUGUUAUGUAGCAUGUUUAUUAUAUAAUUUUGAAAAAAAAAAUCAUAGAUGGAUUAAGCAAAAUGUCUAUAUUAACGUUUUAUACACAUUUAAUGCGCCUCAGUGAUUAUUAUUGUUAUUAUCAUUAUUAAUAUGGCAUCUUCAAGACCAAGUACACUCUUAAUGAGUGGCUCUGAGACAGACAUGCAGACAGACAGACACACAGGUAGACAGACAGACACACAGGUAGACAGAAAGACAGACACACAGGUAGACAUAAAGACAGACACACAGAGAUACAGACAGAUAUACAGGCAGACAGAUACAGACAGGUUUAUGUGCAACAGUGAAAACAGAGAGUUCGAGAGUAAGAGCCUUUCUUGCCACAAACUCCAGUGCAAGAUUCAGACUUCAUCUUAGGGGCCAUGGUGAAAUUUACUGUCCAGUUAGUACAGUUAAUACAGUAUGAUGCUUCUGAUAGGGCAGGGUUACUCAAACUGAUGCUGCCUGUAUGACACAUUGCCCCCGCGAGUAUUGUCAAAUAUUGUACAGUGGUGUGCAUCAGCCGGCCCAGCCCAGCUGCCAGAUGCACGGUCGUAAGUCGAGUGGACGUAUGUCAAGCAGAUCGUAAGUCGGAUGGUAGGUGUAUUUCGUAUGAACAUGUGAGGGGACUGUUGCUCACUGGUAAACAAUGGCACACUGGCUGGGAAGGGAGGCUGAGGUGGCUCAGAGCCGUGAGUACGCGUCCAGGACGAACGACGAUUAGAGAGUCAACUGACCAUAUUUGAGCCAAUGUUUGGACUAAAAUAACGCGACGAUUUCCGAAAAGGACGACUAUCGAGCCCGACUAUUAUUGAGGGACCACUGUAACAAAAAUUAAGUCAAAAGUACAGUACACAUAAAAAAGGUUAUAUAUCUGUGAAUGGUUCUGUGAAUCAUCACUAUCAUGGCCUGAUCUUGCAUCAGCCCUAUCCAGUUGAAAAAGAAAUAAGAUAUACAUAGAAAAGUAAAGGCAAGUUUAAACUGAGUGCAAGUACAGUAAAUCCUCAAUAUAACAAAUUAAUAACAGGGAUUAUCAGUGUCAGUUAAAGCAGAAUAAUGCUAAAAAAUUGCAAAAAAGCACUAAAGUACUGUACUUGUGUGUACAUAAUAUAGUACUAUACAUAAAAUUCACAGGUACACUUGUAUAAAAUUUGAAAAUUAAUGAGUUAAAGGUACAGUUUAUCCAGUGGAUUUUGCCCACUGAAGAAAAGUAAUUAUUUUGAAAUGGCUUCUUUUGACAGCAGUAAUAUGAAAUUAAUGCAUCUUGGUCAGUGAAGUGGUGCACAAGUAUCUUUAAAACUUUUUAAUUAUAUUUAACUCAUAUGAAAGAAAUUAUGGAUUUCUAAACAUAAUUAAAAUUCUCAAGCUUUCCUACCACCCUUUCUAUGGUUUCUCCUACUUUAGCAUGAAGGUAUCAUAUUUAUUUUGUCAUUUGGUUUUAAACUCAACAUUUGCUUAACACUGCCAAAUCUCUCCUCCCACCUUCAGGUAUAUAAACACUAUUAUAACCUACACAUAAAUAUUUACAUCAUCUUUGUUUUUACAGUUGUGUACAGUAGGGCUCCGCUUUAUGGUAUUUCGCCUUACGGUGUUCCACUAAUAUGCCAAUUUCAAAUUAUGACCAAAACUCGCUAUACGGCUCUGUCUAAUACGGUGUGCCCCACCUGGUUUGUUUACAUUUUUCCUGAGCACAUCUCUCUGUUGUUUGGAAACUUUAAGGUUAUUGCAUAUUUUAUAUGUACUCUGAUAAUUAUACUUAUGUGUACCUGUACCUAAAUAUACUUACACACUGUACUGGCAUGCAGGUACACAUUAAAACCACUAAGAGUGCCCCUCUAGUCUUAAUGCCAUAGUAAUAAUACUAAUACGUAAUAAUAAUCACUCUUGGGCACAUUAAAUGUCUUAUUUUACGUUAAUAUAGACAUUUUCAUUAAUUCAUCUAUGAUACUCUUUUCAAAAUUAUAUAAGAAACAUGUUACAUAGCAUAUAAACAUGCUGUGUUUAUAUGCUAUAGAGGUGUGGUAGCUGGGCAGAGGGAAAACAUUAAGUUUUUCUGGCCCAGCACCAGAGAAAACGUGAAUCUACGUUUGGCCCAGUCACUUCCCUUAACACACACCGCUUUUGUUUACAAUUCUCAAAUGAAUUAUUAUUACUUCUUCCUUCGUUUACGAUGGCAUCUAAAGGUAGUUGUUAGAAACAAUUAAACUCAGCGAGCAGGGUAUGUUGAUGGUAAUAAUAUGGCUCUAGGCUGUAUUAAAUAUUGUAUACAAAUAAAUACUACAUACCUCUCAUCUUACAUUAAGAGUACACAUAUUUUAAGGUAAAUAAUGAGUGUACUCUAUGUGUAUUUUAUCUCUCUGGGCUGCUUUAAAUGUCAUAUAGUAGACUGUUAUAUUACACGGCAGUUAGGUUCCUGAAAAUGCCGUGUUAGAUAAACUGAAGAACUUAUAGGAAAAAUAAGGUUACAUUCCUGGGAGCCCCCAAAAAGCCAAACAACUCUUUUUUAGACCAACAGAUCCUACAAAAAUAAAAGUGAAUGUGUAACUGUAGUUCAUUGUUAUGAUAUAUUAUGUUUUUACUGCUUAAAACUAAAAAUGCAACAGAAAUAAUAGUAUUCCUUACAUUAAAUUGUGGGUGUUUGUGAAGAGAGUGGAGAUGCAUGGUUUGGCCCUACUGGGCUGAGGUGAAUGGCUGUUAGUUGUCAGCAGAAGUGGAUGGUAGAGGUUCUGGUACUAAAAUCGAUGGUUGAUUGGAGUGUGCAUAAAUUCUGUAAUGGAUCUCUGGGCUCUUUUACCCUGCAGUACAUUAUACAGCUGACAGUAAGGCAUCAUCAGCUGGUCUAGACCCCAUUUCAAAGUACUGCUUCUAGAUUUGUCAGGGUCCUCUUCAGUGAAAAAGUCUGCUAGUUUAGCAGCAACAUGGAACUGCUCACAAAACUGCUGCUGGUUCUUCUUCAAUUAUUCUUCUGUUAUGUGGCUCUCUUGUGUCUGUGCAUCGAGCUCUGCCAACAUUUCCUCUGGACUCCUGUCUUCACGUCUUCUAAGAACUCAUUCACAUCUUCAUCCAUAUCUUCAAAACCAUCACCUGGUAGUAUCCUUGCCAGCUGAGCAAUUUCUUGAACCUGACUCUCAAGCAAGGGAAAACCAGUCCAAGAAUUAACUACAGAAGGCCAUAACUUUCACCAGCCUGCAUUUAAUGUUGAUUGGGGCACUUCAUUCCAUGCACUUUAGCACAGCUGAUGGCAUCUGCAAUGUUAAAUUUAUUCCAGAAACUUGGUACUGCCAGUUUGGAGUCAAGAGUCCAUUGAUACAACUAGUUUUUCCAUAACAUUUUUUGUGUAGUUACACUUGAAUGACUUAAUAACUCUCUGAUCCAGUGGUUGUAUUAAAGAUGUUGUAUUUGGAGGUAAAAAUACAACUUUUAUAUGUGGGGUCACAUCCAGCAAAGCUUGUGGAUUGGUAUGAGAAUUAUCAAGAAUGAAGAGAGCCUUGAAUGCAAGGUUGUUGCUGUGCAUGUAAAACUUGACUUCGAGAAUAAAGUCAUGCUUAAACCAGUCAAUAAAUAUUUCCUCUGUCAUCCAUGCUGACUAGUUUGACCUCCAAAUUACUGGUAAGGUGUUUUUAUCUACACCUUUCAAAGCAUGAGGAUUCUUAAGAGCGGUAAAUAACCAUGGACUUACACUUAAAUCACCUGACACAGUACCACAAAGGAGCAAAGUGAAGCGAUCCUUUGCCAUCUUGAAGCCCAACGCACUUUUCUCUUGCUGACUGAUAAGAAGUUCUUGUUGGCAUUUUCUUCCAAAAAACACUUGUUUCAUCAGCAUUAAACACUUGUUGUGGCUCAUAGCCACCCUCAGAAAUAAUUUCCUGCAAUUCAGCAGGGAAAUUACUUGCUGCUGUAUGAUUAGCUUAAGCAUUUUCACCAGAAAACUCAAUAUUGUGUAUGGAUGGUGGUAGGUCUCCCCCAUUGACCAAAUGGUCUAACCCACAGCCAGGCAGAGGCCUGAGUUGGAGAAAUAUUCCAUGGGCGACGCUCCAAAUUUUUUCCCCUCAGCAAACUGAACCAUGUUAAUUUUACGAAGUGUUGUAUAAGAUUGUGCAGCAAUUUUUCAGUAGUGCAAUAACCAAAACAUGCCAAAUAAAACCGUGUAACAUAAUGGUCUACCGUAUAUUAAGUUUGGGACGGGGAGCCAGGGCUACCUACACCUGACUUCCUACAAAUAAGUACUACUCACCUCUCGCCCUACAUUAAGACUACAAAUAUUUUAAGGUAAGUAAUGAAUGUAUGUAUUUUACUUUUAAUUGUAUUUUGUAAUGCCUUGUUCUAUUACUAACUUAAGUUGGUGUAAACUUGUUGUCUGGCAUUUGCAUGCAUUUACGUAUAAGAGGAAAAUAUGGCGUUCUGCUUUCUGGCGAUGCCCGCUUUCCGGCAGUAGCCUGGAACCUAACCUGCCAUAUAAGUAGGCCGUACCAUAUUUAACAUUAUCACUACUACUUAGCUCCUUGUUCUCUCAGUUACACACAACUUAGUCCCAUUUACUCUCAAUUCAAACUCUCCCAUAACUUUUACCUUUGUUUUGCUAAUUGCUAUGACAUCCAGCUUUCAUUUUUCAUAUUAACAGGCAAUUCUCUCUUGCCAUCUGUGCUGCAUCUCAGCAGAUGAUGCAACAUUCCUCCAAUGUAAAGCAUGGGUGCUACUAACAUGAUAAGAGACAACACAAUAAGUGUCAGGGGCCCAAGACUGUUCAGCUGCCUUCCAGCAUACAUAAGGGGGAUUACCAAUAGAUCUCUGGCUGUCUUCAAGCAGGCACUGGACUGGCACCUAAAGUCAGUACCUGACCAGCCGGGCUGUGGUUUGUACGUCGGGUUGCAUGCAGCCAACAUUACCAGCCUGGUUGAUCAGGCCCUGAUCCACCACGAGGCCUGGUCACAGACUGGGCCGUGGGGGUAUCGACUCUCAGAACCCUCUACAGGUAUACUCCAGGUAUUCAUUUUAGAAGCUCAGCCUCAAAAUUUUUAGUAAUUGAUGCCUAACAAAAAUUACUAGCCCCUUUGCUCCUGUAAUUUCUGAAGAUAAAAUUGAAGAAAUACAGAAGAAAGCACUCUAAAGAAGGGGGUGGGGAUAUUCCCUGUUUGGAGAAUCAUCUAAACUUCCGUAUUUGCGUGCCUCUGGCAAGACUGAUUGUGUGAAUGAUGGUGAAAGUUUUUUUUUUUUUUUUGGGGUCACUCUGCCUCAGUGGGAGAUGGCCAGUGUUAAAAAAAAUAUGUAUAUGUAAAUGAACAUUUUCUUAUAUUCGCAUGCUGAAUGGAAAAUUUAACUCAUUUCUGUCUCUUCACGAAGCAAAAAACUAGGACUAGUAAUCUAUGUAGGGUGCAAAGCUUUAACACCAUUUCACAUCUGUAUGGCAAGUAUACUAAGUGCCUCCCUGGGUGGGUUGCUGUCUACCAGCCUACCACCUCUUAUUGUAUGUAAUUACUAUACUAUACAUACUCGUAUCAGGCAAAGUAGAUAAUGGUGAAUAAAAUUUAAAAAUAUAUAUUUAUUAUAUAUUUAAAAUCACACAUAGAUAUUAGUUACAAAUAAAAAAUAUAUACAUUCUACUAUAUAUAUUUUAAAUUAUAUAGAUCUUAAUUAGAAAAUGUAAAAGUAAUUCUUCAGCCAUAUGAGAAAUAAUGGGAUAGAGAUAAAAAACAUGAAUUUCCCCACUACGAAUACGUAUUUUUAACAUAUUUAUUUGAUCUGUCUCUUAGUUUGAAGCUAUUGCAAGACUAAGGAACUGCAUUACCAUGAGCUGCCACUGAAAAUAUCUUGUAAAAAAAGUCAGGGUCCCAUUAAACAGUGUUACCAUUAAUUUACUAUUUGGUUCUGCACAAACUAUGUUGAGAGUGCACACUUCAUUGUUUAUAUCUGUUACAUAAAUCUAAGAUUCUGAAUCAGUGCACUUA